AUGUUGACAACGAUUUGCAGGGCUCCCAUACCGGAAGUGGAUCCUGCUAGGAAAUCCGUGGGUACUUCUAGACCUCUGGUUUCUCCCGUAACCAUAGAAUCUAGACUUCUGAGACUAGACGGAGUUGGUGCUAAGGAUACGGUACUGAUAAGUACUAAGAUUGACAGUGUUACCAACAUGCUACAGCCGCUCCUGGAAAUUACAUUAGUUAAAAACUAUUAUAUGGACUCACUAUGCAAGGACCACUUCCUUCAACGACAGUACCGGAAGCUAGAUGGCGGCGUGCUGUGGUCGCGCAACGAGCGCAACUUGGACUGCACCGUUACGUUCCAGACGCACAGCAUCUUACAGCGUUUCAUGCUGCACUUCGAUUUGCUGCAAUUGGACUGUAACGACCACCUCUAUGUGUACGAUGGCGCUCACGCCACUGCUCCACCAAAGGCGGACCUGUCCUGCCGCAACACCAAGCAGCAGGUGGGCGCUCUGUUCACGCGCAGCAACUUCGUCACACUCAAAUACGUGACCGACAACUGGGGCACUGACGCCAACGGCUUCAAACUUGUCAUCACUGCCGUUAAAGACCCCAAUUUUGUAUUUCCAGAACACGGGUGUAAAGAGUUCAGGUGUAAGCAGCGCGAGUUUUGCGUGAGCGCGGACUUGACGUGCGACGGCGUGGACCACUGCGCCGAUGGCUCUGACGAAGACACCGCCUCUCUCUGUCCAGAGAGCGGUGGCGGAGGUGGCAGCGGCACGUGGGUAGCGCUGGCGGCGGGCGCGGCGGCUGUGCUGCUGCUAGUUGUCGUCGCGAUACUCACCUGCUACUGCCGGCGACGCGCGCCCGCCAGACGGACGCACUUACAUUUGCAACAGAUGGCCAGCAGCAACGGCGCGGGCGGCAAGGGCGCGUGCGCCGCGUCGCCCGCAACGCGGCUGCCGGGAAACUGGGCGCACCCUGCGGGCCCGCGCGGGUACAGGGCGGCGCGCCCGGGCCGCCUGCGGGCGCGGGCGCAGCGC